AUGGAAGGACACGAACGAGGAGCCAUCCAAGCAGCGUUUGCCUCGGCUUCUUCGUCCACGCUUGACGACACUCUAGAUAUGGAAAAGCCAUCGCUGCCUUUCGAGGCAAGGUCCGACGUACUGUCGCUUAAGGAACUCGACGAAGACAAACAGGUCGUUGUUCCAGAACAUGCUAAUUCAACUUCUGGGCCUCGCAAUGACCUCGUCGACUUCGAUGGCCCUAACGAUCCAGAAAACCCCAAGAAUUGGUCAAAGGCAAAACGAUGGGGUAUCACUAUUUCAAUGGGUCUUAUGACUUUUGUGGUCACAUUUGCAAGCUCGAUCUAUUCUGUUGCUAUUCGUCCUGUCGCCGAAGAAUACCACAUAGGCGAAGUUCCGUCUACUCUCGGGGUAUCCCUCUUCCUUCUUGGUUUCGUGUUUGGCCCCAUCCUCUUUGGGCCAUUGUCGGAAGUCUUUGGGCGCCGGGUACCUCUCUUUGUCGGAUACCUCGUCUUCGCAGUCUUCCAGAUUCCGGUGGCUGUUGCCCAGAACGUGGAAACGAUCAUGCUCGGUCGUUUCUUUGGGGGAUUUGCCGCUGCAGCUCCAUUGGCAGUCGUUGGAGGUGCCAUGGCUGAUAUCUGGGGACCCAUCGAAAGAGCGUAUGGCAUUUGCGUGUUUGCAGCCUCAGCCUUCACAGGACCCGUUGCUGGGCCCAUCAUUGGCGGCUUUGUUACACAGUCUUAUCUCGGCUGGCGAUGGACCGCUUGGAUCACCUUGAUUAUGACCGCACUAUUUGGGUGUAUCGGCCUGGCCUUGAUUCCCGAGACUUCCGCCUCGAGGAUCCUACAGAUGAAAGCUAAGCGACUGCGAUACGAAACACAAAACUGGGCACUGCACGCCAAAGCGGACGAGAGUCGGGUGAAUAUAAAAACACUGACGACUAUAUAUCUCGUUCGGCCUUUCGUCAUGUUUGCCCAAGAACCGAUCCUGGCCCUUAUUACUGCCUACAUGAGCUUCAUCUACGGCAUCUUGUAUCUCCUCUUCGAGGCCUACCCCAUCUCGUUCCAGGAACAACGAGGCUGGAAUUCUGGAGUCGGGUCUCUUCCAUUUGCCGCGUUUAUUGUCGGCAUUGCGAUGGGGACAGGCAUGAUCGCCUACUCCACAAGGACCAACUUCACGAGCGCCUUCAAGAAACAUGGCAAAGUCAUUCCUGAAGAGCGGCUGCCGCCAAUGAUUAUCGGAGCCGCGGUUCUUCCGAUCGGUCUAUUUUUAUUUGCUUGGACGUCUAAUCCACACAUCACCUGGGUUCCCCAAGUAAUUGCUACAGCGCUUCUGGGCAUGGGGUGCCUGGCGACUUUCUGGCAAGGCACCAACUUUAUCAUUGAUUGCUACGGGUUCUAUUCCAACAGUGCCAUUGCCGUCAACACUUUCGUCAGGUCUAUAGCCGGCGCAGGCUUUCCCCUGUUCGCCCCAGCCAUGUACCACAAUCUGGGGGUGCCUUGGGCAACUUCACUUUUGGCAUUUCUCUGUGUCCUCUUCUUUCCGGUGCCGGUUCUCUUCUAUAUAUACGGGGCUAAGAUCAGGGAACGAUCGAGGUUCAGGCCGGUCGGUUGA